AUGGACAAGCAGACCCAGGUGGUCAUGUUCAGUUCCACGGCCAUUGCUUUGUACGGCUAUGAUCAAGGCAUGAUGUCCCUCAUCAACACAAAUUUCAACUACCUCUACACCAUGGGCACUGCUGGAAAUUCGGCUUUGGUAGGACUGGUCGUCUCGGUCUACUACCUGGGCUGUGCAUUGGGAGCGGUGCUAGCAUCCCGCUUUGCAGACGCCAAAGGUCGCAAGCCGGGCAUCUUCGUGUGCUUGGUGACAGCCAGCCUGGGAAAUCUGCUAAUGGUUGUCAUGGGUCUCGGAGUCGGAGGGAUCGAUGCGGUCGUGCCCGUGUACAGCUCUGAGCUCCAGGAAGACGAUGCCCGCGGCACGGCCCUGGCCCAGGAAUUCCAAGCCAACAUCUUUGGGCUGAACAUGGCGUAUAUCCUCAACGUUGGGGUCACGCAUUCCCUGGGCAAAUGGAACCAGUGGGCGUGGCGAGUGCCCAUUAUCGUGAUGCAAAUCUAUCCGGCCCUGCUCUUCGCAGUGGCCAAUCUCUUGCCGGAGACGCCCAGGUGGUGCGUGUUGCACGGUGACAACGAGCGGGCAAAGCGAAGUAUAGCCCGGGUCUUCGGCAAAGACCAGGUCGAGGACCGCAUCAAGGAGCUGACCGAGGCGCAUAAAAAGGAACAAGAGGAAGGUCGGAUCUCGUACUCGGACAUGCUUUGGCCGGGCGGUUCGCAGUUUCAUCCGACCGUCGUGACGGUCAUGGGCCAGGUCAACCAGGCGCUGACUGGGUACGGGGCGGUGUCGGUGUUCGGGGCGCAGAUAUUCGAGCUGUUGGGAUUCGAUGUCACCACCGCCGAGUUCAUCACCCUAGGGAACUAUGUCUUCUAUUCUGCCAUGAUGACGGUCGCUUGGGUGCUGAUUGACCGCGUUGGACGACGCAAGCUGAUGGUCUUCGGGGCGGUUUGGCUCGCCGUCUCCUUCGCCCUGCUCACGCUCCUGGGCGGCCUGGCGUAUAAUCACGCAAGAUUGUCAAUCCCUCUGCUGGCGACCGCAAUUCCUGGCGUCUCCGCGCUAUACCUCGCGACCGCUGUCUUCGGCAUCAGCUGGCUGGUGCCCCCAUGGCUCAUCCCCACCGAGAUCUAUCCUUCGACGGCUCGCGCGCAGGGCGCCUCCGUCAGCGUCGUCGUCUGGGGCCUGGCCAACUGCGCCGUCACCUUUCUGACGCCCAUCGGCUUUGAGGGUCUCGAAUACUACCUAACGUUCGAAGAGAAUCAGGAGUUCUUCAAGGCCGCUGCCGAGACGGACUCGUGGGUAGUGAGUCGAGUCGUGGACGGAGAGUUCAAGGUUUUGCCGCAAGCGGAAGUGGAGGAAGAAGAGGAGGUUCUCAUUGAUGGAGAGGGAAAUGGGAGUCACGGGAAAAAGCGAACAGAAAGGAGGAAAACGCAGAAGACACUAGAUGCCCAUGAAGAGAUGGCGCCUUUGCUGGGCAGGAGUAGUGCGCGGUAG